UCCUGCAACUCCCCCAGAUGCCCCAGAGCUUGAGUCUCAUUCAUUCCAGAUGAGCUGUUUCCUGACGCAGUCAACCAUGGGACUCCUUGCCAUUCUGGUCCUCUCGCUGCUGUCGACCAAACUCCUUGAAGCGAAUGAGGAAGAAAUCUUACCAAGCCGCACUCACCAUCUGGGCGCACCAGUCAGCAUACCGCCCCAGUCCUCCGAGGUCCAGGCGGCAGCCCGGUUAGCCACGGAGAAGUUCAGCUCCAAGUCAAGGUCCAAGAUGCUCUUCCGGCUGUUGGAUGUGACGUCGGCGGAGAUGCAGGUGACGAACAUCAUCACAUUCAAGAUAUGGGCCACCAUCGGAAAAACCAAAUGCCCGAAAUCCACAGACGCCGACUUGGAAUCUUGCGUGCUGGGAAAAAGGCGCCUCUCUUGCACAUUUGAGGUGACCUACGAUCCUCGUACCAAUCAGCAUAAGGUCCCGAUUUCUGACUGCAAAAAGGCCCCCGCAGCAGCUCGCUGAGUCGCACGGCGCCUCCUGCUGGAUGUUUGCAGCAUUGUGAAAACAUAAAGACAUGUUUCUUCACAAAGCCUAGACAUGUUUCGGGGGGAGAUUGCACUUUUUAAUCUUGCUUUUUAAUUUUAACAGCCAUAGUCACCAGCAUUUGGGGGUGGGCGGGACUUUCUCUGACCGAUAUGCACAUCUAACGAGGGAGACUCUGAGUAGGUGGGUAAAUCCUUGUGCACCAGUCAUUAAUCUUAAGGGGUUAAACAAUCUGAGCAUUUAGUUUAAGAAUUUUAUAGCAACAACAAAACCAGCAAUGACGAUGACAACAACAAUAAUAAUAUUACUAUUAUUUAAAGGGUUCCCAGAACUGUAAGGUCAUCAGCCGAAGACCAACGCUCUUAUACCCAUUUUAUCACAUUUUUAUUGGCCUUAUAUCUGCUGCUUGUGUCACUGCUGUCUGAAUCCGCAUUUUGUCUGUAAGCUACUUCUGUCUUGAGAAUCUUAAUUGUGAAAUCUUUCAAAUGUUGCUUAUAAUAUGUCAUUCAACGUGUCUAAAGUGCUUUAAUAUGCUGGUCUGGGAACAAGAAUCUUCCACCACCAACUGGGGACCAACUGGGGCGUUACUUUACGAUCUACAUGAAUCUGUAUGAAAAUGGAAAUUAAACCCCUGCUUGGGGCCUCACUGUCUGCACUGA